GAAAACCAGAAAAAAGGAAGAAGCAUUCAUCUCUCUCUCCUCUCUUCUCUCCAUGGCAAUUCAAUUAAUGGCCGCCUGUUUCAAGAGUAAGCGCUGAAUCUACAACCUACCCAUCAUCAUUCAUUGUCUUAUUCACAGUCGAAACCCUCAUCUUCCUCCUUCCUUUACCAUUUCUCUCUCUAAAAACCCUCCUCGAUUCUCGUGCCUACCAUUCACUCUCUUCAAUUAUUCUUCAAAACCCACUCCUCAUUGUUCGAUUCAGCUCUUCUUGCUCAAUACCCACUUCGAGAUCUGUUUUUUUUUUGGGUGUUUUUGGGUGAAAGAAUGGGGAGCAAAUGGAAGAAAGUCAAGAUGGCUUUGGUGUCUAAUUUGUGCGUUUAUGUGCCUAAGGCUGAUGCAGACGAUUCUCCGCCGCAUUCAGAUGGGUUUUCCGAUGCUGCCUUGUUGUCUCCGGCGCCGGCGGCAUGGAGCAUGAGCGGCUCCGCUACUCGUCCGGCGUCUCCGAGCUUACGAUUAUCUAAAAGCUUCAACAGAUCUUCCAAGAAGACGUGCACGAUAUGUUUAGCUUCAAUGAAACGUGGAGAAGGGCAAGCCAUUUUUACAGCGGAAUGUUCACAUUCGUUCCAUUUCCAGUGUAUUGCUUCAAACGUGAAACACGGUAAUCAAAUCUGCCCAGUUUGCAGAGCGAAAUGGAAAGAAGUUCCGUUGCAGGGUUCUACUGGUUCCGGGCCUCCUUUAGGAAGAACAAGAAUAAAUCCUGUAAAUUGGUCACAAGACAAUCCCGUGAUGACUUUACUCCGCCCAAUACCGCCUCGUCCAAACAGCCCCCGCCAUGCUGCCGCUCCGGUUUUCCCGGUCCCGGAACCGACUGUCUUUAACGAUGAUGAACCGUUAGACCUUAAAUUUUCAAAUAGAACUUCAUCAGACAGCUGUUCUUUGAAGAGGGUAUCAGUCAAAACCUACACCGAGGUUCCAGCUGUUCCACGGUUCAGUGCUGCUGCUGAUUUUACGGUUUUGAUCCACCUCAAAGCUCCGGUUUCGAAUUCCGGUCCUACGGUGAGCCAGGCUAACCGGAUCCCACGAGCCCCAGUUGAUCUGGUCACGGUUCUUGACAUCAGUGGAAGCAUGGCUGGCACAAAACUCGCCUUGCUUAAACGGGCCAUGGGUUUUGUCAUACAGAAUCUUGGACCAGCGGAUCGGCUGGCAGUGAUCGCCUUCUCUUCCACCGCCCGCCGCCUCUUCUCGCUUCGGAAAAUGUCAGAUAUGGGAAAGCAACACGCCCUUCAAGCUGUCAAUUCACUGGUGGCAAAUGGUGGCACUAAUAUCGCCGAAGGUCUGAGAAAGGGCGGCAAAGUGAUGGAAGACCGCCGGGAGAAAAACCCCGUUUCGAGUGUAAUACUGUUAUCAGACGGGCAGGAUACUUAUACCGUGACUAGCGGUCCAAACCCUGGUGGAGGCCAAAACCGGUCAAACUACCAGUUACUCCUUCCCCAAUCUAUCCAUGGUGGUGAAGGUGGUUCCGGAAUCAAGAUUCCGGUCCAUGCUUUCGGGUUCGGAUCGGACCACGAUGCUUCGUCGAUGCACUCGAUCUCCGAAAUAUCUGGUGGGACGUUUUCGUUCAUCGAGACCGAAAGCGUGAUUCAAGAUGCGUUUGCACAGUGCAUCGGUGGACUUUUGAGUGUCGUGGUCAAAGGUGCACAGGUGAUCCUCGAGAGCGUAAACCCGAACGUUCUUCUCGGAUCUUUAAAGGCCGGUAGCUACAAGAAUUACUUGAUGGCCGAUGGAAAAUCCGGAUGCAUUGAUGUCGGAGAUUUGUAUGCUGAUGAAGAGCGGGAUUUUCUUGUUUCGGUCAACAUCCCGACGGAGUUGACUUCUAGCAACAAGACUUCUUUGUUGAAGGUGCGGUGCCAUUACACCGACCCGUUGACCAAAGAGACGGUCAACUUAGAGAGUGAAGUUGUCGGGAUCAAUAGACCGGAAAAUCUUGGGCCAGAAGUGGGUGUUUCCAUUGAAGUUGAUAGACAAAAGAACAGGUUACAAGCAGCAGAAGCCAUGGUACAAGCAAGAACUGCAGCUGAAGAAGGUGAUCUGGCACAAGCCAUGGGUACCCUGGAGAAGUGCCGACGGAUCCUCGCCGAAACCGUCUCGGCGAAAUCUGGUGACCGUCUCUGUGCGGCACUCGAUGCGGAGCUCAAGGAAAUGCAAGAGAGGAUGGCUAGCCGACACAUGUAUGAAGCAUCCGGAAGGGCUUACAUAUUAUCAGGGCUAAGCUCACACUCGUGGCAAAGAGCCACGGCUCGUGGAGACUCAACCGAUGGUUCAAGCCUGGUUCAAUCCUACCAAACCCCAUCAAUGGUUGAGAUGCUGACUCGAUCUCAAGCUUCUCUUUUGGGCAGCCCUUCGGCACAAAGACCGAUCCGUCCUGUGUGGUCGUUCGCAUCACAGCCAAAACCAAGGUAAAGGGUUACAUUCCGUUUUUGGGGUUAGGAAGCGCGAUUUUGGGUGUCGAUAACUUUUUCGUGCUUUAGAUGUGUAAAGCAAUAAAGAUGUGGUGAUUGGGGGAGAGGGGGUAUAAAUGGUGAUAGGGGAAAGAUAAGGGGGUUAGGGUUCUUGAUUUUUGUUUUUGUGGUUCAGAUGUUCUUCCUUGUGUAAUUUUUGGGGGUGAUGUACAUAAGGAGAAAUGGUUCUUUU